AUGGCCCAGACAGUAGCAGCUAAAUUACCACGGCGUGACUUUGGUUAUCGCCUUGAACAGCUCACCACCGUAUUCACUCCACCCUGCUCCAUCACAUGGUUGCAAACCACCACGAAAGUCCCAUCCCAAUAUCCGUCAUUUCCUACUGGAGGACCUAUCUCCUGCAACCCUCCUUCUUGGGAGCAGAAUAUUUCACUGAAAGGGUUUGCAUACUACUCACCGGCUAUCUGCCCGGAAGGGUUUAUGAUAGGUUGCACCGCCAACGAUGAUCGGCCGGGAGAAGGGUUCCCAGCCAUCACGGCUGGAGAAACAGCUAUGUAUUGCGUUCCAAGAGGGUUUACUUGUACUUCGGACACCACCGAUUUUCGCGGGGGCGUUUGGGGCUUCACGCAUAGGGCCGUAGCGAACGGAAGCCCCGUUACCGUGGGACCGGCAAUCCAGAUCCGCUGGCGGGAUGCGGACCUCAGCCUCCUCGCUACGGAUCCUCUAGCGUGUUCGACUGUCAUCCCCACGCCGACAUCUUCUACUUCCACCGUAUCCCUACCAGAAGCCACCACAUCUCGUUCCACAACGGGACGACGUGGAGUAAUAACACCCAUUCCAACAGCAACAGCAACAGCAACAGCAACAACGACAACUACAACGGGGAUUGAACUAGGGGGACCGCCGGUUUCAAUUGAACCGUACCCGAUUAUAACCGAUACGAAAGAACCGCCGAGUUUUUCGACCGACCCGCUUACCACCACGCCAGCUAUAACAUCGUCAAUUGAGCCUAGCACAGUUCAGCCAAGCAGGACGAGCACGGCGGGGAAUAACGGAGCCGCCGGGGGUCAGGAAGAAGCCGACAAAAAUGAUCCUGGGAGCGCUACAUCAAGCACUAAUACGGCAGCUAUGGCCUUGUCGGGGAUUUUAAUAAGCAUUAUACUGUGUUACUUAGCAGCGAGGAUAUUUCGGCGGUAUCGUCGGUAUCGGGCCGGCAAAGUAGAGAGGUUUCUUCCUUUCGACGCUCGCCUUUGGACAAGUUGCAUCUUUGCGAAACGUAGCGACGGGUUGCCCUCGCACAAGACCACGUUGGAGAGGCCGCCUAGAUGUGUCGAUGCCGAAUUAGGCACAGACGGACCAAUACCGGAGCUAGGCCCCGGAGACCCGUUGGGAACGAAAGAGAACCCGGCGGAGUUGAGCGUCAAUGGUGUCAACAACACGAGAAAUAGUUGGGUAUCACGAGUAUCACGAAUUUUCACCAACUGGCAAUCUGAGAUGGGUUACUAG